UAGUCCUCCAGCUGCAACACUAGCUGAAAAGCGUCAUCCCCUUCCUUGCUUCCUCCCCCAAUCCCCUUCUGCGUCCUACCCACAACCCUAGCUCCGCCGAAUCCAUGGAUCCCACCAAAUCCAGCACCCCACCGCCACCCCCCGUCCUGGGCGCGCCCGUCGGCUACCCGCCGGGGGCGUACCCUCCCCCUCCCGGCGCCGCCGCGGCCGCCUACAACCCGCAGCUCUACGCUGCGCCCGCCGCCGCCGCGGCCCAGCAGGCCCUGGCGCAGCAGCAGCAGCAGCUCCAGGUGUUCUGGGCGGACCAGUACCGCGAGAUCGAGGCCACCACCGACUUCAAGAACCACAACCUCCCGCUCGCCCGAAUCAAGAAGAUCAUGAAGGCCGACGAGGACGUCCGCAUGAUCGCCGCCGAGGCGCCCGUCGUCUUCGCCCGCGCCUGCGAGAUGUUCAUCCUCGAGCUCACCCACCGCGGCUGGGCGCACGCCGAGGAGAACAAGCGCCGCACGCUCCAGAAGUCCGACAUUGCGGCCGCCAUCGCGCGCACCGAGGUCUUCGACUUCCUCGUUGACAUCGUGCCCCGCGAGGACACAAAGGAUGCCGACGCGGCCGCCGCUGCGGCUGCGGCCGCGGUGGCUGCCGGGAUCCCCCGCCCUGCCCCCGGUAUGCCCGCCACCGACAUGGCAUCCUACUACUAUGUCCCCCAGCAGUAAUGUAUCAUCCUAAACUUAAGAAGAAUCUGUCGGUCUGUGUCUGUCCUUGAUGCUGUUGUAAGUACCGCGUAAUAAUAUUUGUAAGAUCGUUUAUGGGCCUCCCCUGAGCUUAUGAAUUGAGCUGCUACGUUCUAGUAUCACGGUAGUAGGAUUGUUGUAGUGGGGGAGGCCGUAUGAUUGCAGUGGUAGUGCAUCUCUAAGUCUAACUGGCAGGCAGUGUAAUGUGAUGAUUAUUGUUAUGCAGUUAUGUCUCAAGCUUAUCAUGCAAUUUCUGUUC